AUGAGCUCGACGCUCUACGUCGAAACAGGCGAUGGGGACGCACCCCCUGCCGAUCUGAUCUCCUACCACUCGAGAUCAGAUGUCAACCGAGUACCGAUACUCAAGACAGGCAACUACCAUGCCUGGGAACGUGGUUUGAAACUCGUUCUGGUCAACCACGGCUUAUGGGGAAUAGUCAGCCUCGGCUUUUCCAAAACCGAAGCCUCCGCCCUGGGACUUGGCCUUCGCACCGGUGCGGGCCCUCGUCUCACAAUAUUCGAUCUGCUCCUGGCGCCCGAACUGCUCACCGCGCGCCAAAAGGCGUUACUUAAACAAGACGCCAAGGCUCAAUCCCUUAUUUUGAACUACCUCGACUCCGACAACGCUGUCACCGCUCGCGCUUGCACGACUGCAAAUGAGAUGUGGAAGAGUUUACACGACAACCACGUCGGACUGAUCUCUGAUCAAGUUCGAUUUUUAACGGCACAACUUCGCAAUCUUCAAUUCUCGAAAGGAAAAGAAAUCGUGAAGCACUUCACCGGUAUACAAGAUCUGUUCACUCGACUCGACGAGCUUGGCCAAUCUUUCGAUGACAUUUACAAGUCGAAUCUGAUGCUGGACUCGGUCACUCAUCCCGCCUGGGCUUCGACUUUGGACAAUCUUCGUCGUCCGCUCGCUCCACCGGCGGAAAUCAUUACCUACACUCGGUCCAAGCUGACUUCGCUCGAACUUCAAGCUCGGUUCUCACCUCGAUCUACUCCACCUGUCGAAAAACUUUCGGAUAUUUCGUCUACUACUCUCGCCGCUCGUAUUUCGGACGCGAGUCAGGGAAAUGGUGGAAAGCGGGGGGGCUCGAAGAAGAACCAAGGACCGAAGCGUAAACCCGACUGCGUCUGUACUGCUUGCGGGGAAAACGGACAUUGGUCCAUCGACAUGAAGUGCCCUCAACACAAACGACACUCCGAAUGGAAAUCCAAGUCUGGUAGUUCGGCCGUCGAUGCAAACGCGGUGACUGAAAUGUCAACAAACCAUACCAUUUACUCCAUCGGUGAAUCUUCGGAUGCCGCCCCACUCCGAAACACGUGGAUCGGCGAUACUGGCGCUCAUCGUCACUUCGUCGGUGAUCGUUCACUUUUGCGAAACUUCACUCUCGACCCGGUCAUGGUCCGUGUAGCCAAUGGUUCCCCGGUUCUCUGCAAAGGCUAUGGUUCCAUUACCGUUCGCACGAACAAGAAUCAUACGCUCAACAUUCAGAACGUUUAUCAUCUCCCCGGCGCUGAACAAGGUCUAGUCUCUUUCAAGGCACUCCGUAUCACCGGAGCUAAACUAUCGUUCGGAGAUGACGGUUCGACUAUCAACGUGCAUGUUGGCAAUAGCAUUGUUGCCAGCACCGAAAUCGACACCGAUUACAACUUCAACUUCACUGUGGUCCCUGAAGAACCUGUCGAUGCUGUCACUCGAUCAUCGACUAGCGCUUCGCUCUAUUCUUGGCACUUGUUUUUCAACCAUAUUUCGCAACUUUCGCUCCUCGCCCUGCAUCGUGCGGGAGCGGUCACCGGCCUUCGCUUGACUGACACAACCGUCGUCGACUGCGAAUCGUGCAUCCUUACGCGAAUGACGGCAACUCCUCAUAAUCAACAAUCCCGGGGGGCAGAUCACGUUCUGUAUCGCAUCUCUAUGGAUUUGGGAUUCGUCGACUAUGAAGACUUCCAAGGCCGAUCGAUCUAUCUUGUUAUCGUCGAUCAGUUCUCAAACGCGAAGUUCACCUAUCCGCUUGUCUCCAAGACAGCCGCCGUCGUACUCGAAGCAUGGAAUUCGUUUAUCACCUACGCCGAACGCCUGACUGGUCAAAAGGUCAAGUUUGUUCGUUCCGACAAUGGUACUGAGUUUGUCAAUCGACUUCUCGGUGAUGAGUUCCGUCGUCUUGGUAUCACACACGAAACUACCGCACGUUACACCCCGCAACAAAAUGGUCAAGCCGAACGAGCUAAUCGCACCCUCUUUGAUCUCGUUCGUGCAAUGCUCAAGUACGCUGGUCUUCCCGGAAAGUACUGGUCUUACGCUCUCGCAUCGGCCACGUUUGCUCUCAACCGCUCGCUUCAUCCUUCUAAGCGCAAGACACCGUAUGAACUCUACACUGGUCACAAGCCCGACGUUUCGCAUCUUCGCACCUUCGGUUCUACCGCCUAUGCACUACUACCUAGGGCACUUCGCAAGAAGUUGAGCGAUCAUUCACAAAAGGGCAUCUUUCUCGGCUACAGCGGUGAAUACAACUAUCUCAUCCUUGUCGAUCGAAACACUACACCCAAGGUCAUUAUUACUCGAGAUGUGACAUUUUCGGACAUUCCCUCGACCUCGUCUACUCCGAUCAUUGACAUCCAGUCUGAUCCUCGCGAUUUCGUCGUCGAACAUCUUUACGAGUACGAAAUGGUUCCUCAGCUUCGACCUGAUCAAAACUUUAUCGAACUUGAGGAUGAUGUCCACCUUCCUGUAGCACCUCGCGCAGAUGUACCUGGUCCUGCUGUUGCACCUCGCCCAGUAACACCGGUUAGUCCCGCUCCUAGCACUCUAGCUGGAGAUGAUGAUGAUCAUCCUUCUAGGCCAGUGACACCUGAUCCUGGGUCCGAUAAUGAAGCUGACAAUCUUGCUUACCCUAAUGAUGGCCAUGAAUAUCGUCCUUACAACGUCAGUCGCAAUCCGGGUCCUCUAGAAAACAUCAACGAGGAUAAUAUCUUGCCCGCUGGUUCCCGCCGUCAACGUCGCCUCGCUGCUUACUCGGUCAUCGAUACGAAUCACAUCUAUCUCGAUCCUCCUGAACUUGUUGCCCGUGUUUCACCCACCAACCUCGCACUACCUCGUACUCAUGAAGAAGCUAUGGCCUCCAUCGAAGCUCCUUUCUGGAAAGCCGCCGAAGCCGCCGAGAUUGCGAAAUUCGUCGAACUCAAGGUUUUCGCUUCCGCUAUUCUUCCAACUGGUAUGCGCGCUCAUGGUGUUCGUUGGAUCUACACGCGUAAAGAAGAUGCACAAGGAAAUAUCACCAAGUACAAGGCUCGUCUCGUUGUUCAAGGCUAUUCACAAACGUACGGUGUCGAUUUCAUCGACAACUUUGCUCCCGUCGCUUCACUUUCUACCAUCUUAUUCCUCAUCGCUAUCGCCGCUGCCCAAGGCCUCGUCCUUGAACAGUUCGACUAUGAUUCAGCCUUUCUCAAUGGCACGAUGACGGAAGAUGUUUAUAUCAAGGUUCCUGAUGGCUGGCCGCUUGCACACAAGCCCGGUUCAGUCCUCAAACUCCUCAAGUCGAUGUAUGGAACGAAGCAAGCUCCUCGUCAAUGGUAUGCCGCGGUCGAUGACCUCAUGAAGACUCGUGGCUUCCAUCGCUCUACGUCGGACGCUUGUCUCUACAUCAAACGCAAAGGUCGCCGGUUCAUUUUUGUAUCACUUUACGUCGACGAUGGACUCGUGUAAGGCGCCGCUCCGCUUACGCCUCACGACGACCUCGAGCCAACCUCUGCGGCCUCACGCUUGCCCUCGCGCGCGGCGCCGCCGCGUCUCUUGACCUUAGUCCUUUUAGUAGUCUUUCUUCGCCUGCGAAUUACACCGUUUGAUCCUUUCAGUUUGGACUCGGAAUCAGUGAAAGGCACGAGAAGUGAAAGGCACGAGAUCGCUCUCGAGCCUCACUGAUUCCGAGUCCAAACUGAAAGGAUCAAACGGUGUAAUUCGCAGGCGAAGAAAGACUACUAAAAGGACUAAGGUCAAGAGACGCGGCGGCGCCGCGCGCGAGGGCAAGCGUGAGGCCGCAGAGGUUGGCUCGAGGUCGUCGUGAGGCGUAAGCGGAGCGGCGCCUUACAACUCGCUGCUUCGAACGACCAACAGUUCCUCAAUGAUGAACUAUCUGCAUUCAAUUCGGUAUACUCGCUUAAACGACUCGGUCCCGUCAAAACUUUCCUCGGCCUAGAGUUCCAUCGCACUUCCGAAUACAUCAUGGUACACCAGAGUACGUAUGUUCGUGGUCUCCUUGAGACUUAUGCGUUCGAUUCUGUCUCGAACCGUCCGGUCUCAUCUCCUAUGGAAGAUCGGAACGUCGUCGAAUCGAAUGAACCUUUCACGGAUGUCAAACUUUAUCAAUCGGCCGUCGGUGCUUUGCAAUAUGCGGCUCAUCGCACUCGUCCGGAGAUCGCCAACGCUGUUCGUUCUGUCGCUAAGCACGUCGCUGCGCCUACCAUGACGAACUGGAUCGCUAUCAAACGUAUCCUUCGUUAUCUCUCUACGUCUGUCGACCUCGGUCUUGUCUUUCGUUUUGGCGCUUCUACCAAGUUCGAGAUCUACUCUGAUGCGUCUUGGGCCGACGACUGGGACAACGGUAAAUCGACCGGCGGCUAUGUUGCCAUGUGCGCGGGUGGUCCCGUCUCCUGGCAAUGCAAACAGCAAUCUAUCGUCGCUACGUCCACAACCGAGGCUGAAACUCUUGCUGCGUCUGCUGCUUCCAAAGAGGCAGUUGGACUUCGCUCUCUCGCCCUCGAAUUGGGCAUCGAUCAAACCUCGUCGACUGUUCUACAUGAAGACAACGAAGCUUGUAUCGCUAUCGCCCGCAAUCCUGCUCAUCGUGGUCGCACUCAUCACUGGAACGUGCACCAUUUCUACGUACGUGAACGCGUUGAAUUCGGUGACAUCACCCUUCAAUACUGUCCGACCGCUCUCAACACGGCCGACAUGUUCACAAAGGCACUGCCUAAAGCACUCUUUCUCAAGCAUCGCGCUGGACUUGGUAUGGCUUCUCUCGCUACCUCGACCAGGGGGAGUGUUGUCUAG